AUGGCUGCGGAGUGCUGUGCCAAGACCUUGCUGCCCAAGUUGCUGCGGAAUAUGUCCGCCAUCCCACAGGGCUAUGAGAAUGCCACCUUCGUGAAGGCCUGCUUAAAGAAGGCCUUUGAAGAUUUGGAUAAGGAGGUGUUGCGAAAUCAGCCCUCGAUCCAGGAUGGCUGUGGGGGCGCUGUGGCACUGCUGGUGGGGGAGAAGCUCUUCACCGCGGUUUGUGGCAAGUGCGAGCUGGUCUUGAUCGAAGCUGGCCAGCGAAGGGGGGUGAAGCAGGAUCCCUGCAAGGUAGCAUCCAAAGCUGCAUGUCUUUUGGGCCACGCACGCCGGAAACCCGCGCCUGGCUCCACAGUUGCUGCGGCCUGCCAGCGAGUGCAGCAUCUCGCAGCAUCUCCCAUGGCGCUUUGGGUUGCUUGGCUCCUCUACCUGUCUUUGGGAGAGGCUGUGGAGAACUGCGUCCUCGAGCAGGAUGAGACCUCGGAGCUGCAGAUCGGCAUGAAGCCCAGCAGCCUUGGUCGCGAGGUCCGAGAACCUCCGAGGAGUGUGGAAGAAAGCUCACGAGGUAGUUUGAGCAACCUGCAGGCCACUGAGGAUGACAAGCCAGCAGAUCCUUAUCAAAGAUGGAGGGAAUACCAGAGAGAGCAUUUCCCGUCCGAGGCUAGUGCAGAAGCUCAAGAGGAAUUGGAUGCAGGGGUAGAUGAGGAUGAAGACACAGCGGAUGAGGAAAAGGAUCUUGAGAGCUUGCAGGAGACUGAGCAGAGAAUGCCCCAGGCCAGCGAUCCAGAGAAUGUUCGCUUUGUUGAUCGUAGCAUCCAUCGGCAGAUCGAGGACGGCGCUUUGAAGAGGCGGGCAAGUGAGAAUCACAUGAUGGAGAAGGGAGAGUCUCGAAGGCAGUUUGUCCAGAAGCAGCUGCCUGGCAGGGAAGCGGGCUCAGGGCCACAGUUGCCCACAAGGCGCCAUGCCAAGGUGGAGAAUGGAUAUGAGUCUCAAAAUCCAAGCUUCCAAGCUAAGUACCGACCUAAGAAGGAGCUUGAAGAUGAGCACCAGGACCAGUUUGAGGAAUAUGACGAGGAACCGCAGAGCAAUGCCAUCAAUGCGGGAUGGAAGGAAUACCAAAAAAGCCUGUAUGACGGCUCCAACGCGGAGCGUGAUCCCACUCUUGCCGCUCAGCCAGAGCAUCUCAUGUGGAAGGCCUAUGCUGAAGCAGUCCCGCAAUCUGUGACAAGCUACCUCGACCAGGAAACUGUCAAAGCAAGGCGGCGCCGCCACACAAGCAACCGGCGGCGGCGAUCUGUGCUGGCCAAAGACUUGGCCCUGUCAGGGUCAAACAUUCGAGAGGAGAGCCCAGAUAGAUUUGAUCCUCAGGCUCGCAGGCACCCGAACCUUUUCGCACAGGGGCCACCAUCACGUUCAAGAGCUGAGACAAGGAUUGAGGCAGAUGAAGAAGACGAGGAGGACAACGAUGACCAGGAGCCACCAUCACGUUCAAGACCUGAGAAAAGGAUUGAGGCAGAUGAAGAAGACGAGGUGGACAACGAUGACCAGGAGUCAGCGGAUGAAGAGCAGUUGUUUGACGUUUCUCAGCUAGAUGGACAUCCUCAAGAGGCCUUCGAAUCUACAGCCCAUGUUCAUCCUCAAAAGAGAGGCCUCACAAAGAAAGAGCUUGAGAAGCUGCAAAAGUCUGAGCUCACUGCUCUGGAGGAGCCCCCAUCACACCCACGAGCCAAGAAAAGGAAGGAAGGAGAUAAGAAAGGCAAGUGGAAGCAGGACGGCAACCAUGACGAGGUGGCGUCGAAGUUCUUGGUGGAUAACGGUGGCAUGGUCUUCCCGGGCGAGAACGGCAAGCUGAUGACCAGCAACCCGCAAGGGCACACCACCGCCGUCUCCAGGUCCAUCGGCGAUCGCGCCUGGAAAGGAUCCAUGGGAGGACUCCCUGGCAGCUUAAAGCUGGUACGGUCCGUCCCCGAGACCCGCUACACAGACCUCUCCUGGGCGGAACGCCACGUCGCGUUGAUGUUGACCUCGGCGCCCGUCUCGCAGAUCCCCACCGACCAGGCCUCUGUGACCAUCGCAGACUUCGAACAGAAGCCACGGGCGGCGAGCGGCGAAAUCGCCAGCCGGGCGGCAACCGUGCCACAGAACGGUCAAGCGCAAUGUACCACCAUCGUGGCCUUCUUCGUCCCCAAGGACGACAAGCUGAUUGCAGAACCUGCUGCCAAGCGGAUGAAGAAGGAAGCGGAAAGCGUCCGGCUGCGGCACAUCGUGGUCCGACACCAGGAUUGCAGCUCACCCUUCGAUCCGGUGCGUAAUGUGCCAGUGAGCAGAAGCGCACAGGAGGCAGAGGCGAUCUUGCGGCAAGCGCUGCAGGAGUUGAUUCUAGAGGCCAAGACCAUCAAGCUCCCGGCGGGCAAAAAGCCCAGCGCGGCAGCCUUCCAGCCGACACCCAAGUUCACCUCCCUGUGCAAGGAGCUCUCCGAAUGCAACACAGCGCAGAAGGGUGGCGGCAUGAUCGGGGACCUGGGUUGGCUGCAGCCGGAUGAGCUCAAGAGCCGAUUUGGACCUGCCUUCUCGGAGGCAGCCAAGAUGCUGAACCCUGGACAGUGGAGCCACUUGGAGGGACCCGUUUUCGGUGCCGGCACUGAGGUGGUAACAAGGACGCUAGGAACAAAGGGCAUCGCUACUAGGAACAAGCUAUUAGUAGCUCCUCACAUUACUACUAUAUAA